AUACCAAUCGCCGAGUUAUAGGGUGUUUGUCGCUCAUCGCGAUCGCGUGCCCGUAGAAUACGCGGCGACACGCGGUUUCUUUAAAUGGACAAACAUCGAAAGUAGAUCCAGAGGACCCAUGUUCUAUUCCGUUGUUCAAACUGCAGCUUGGUCGCUAGACAUGACAUCUGAAUACAACGAUCAUCUCGCUCCUUUAAUCCCUUCUAAUUCCGAGUGUGCUGGUGAAAAUUUACAAAAUUUUGGCGCGCGCUUUGAUGCUUUUUCCUGGCAUGAACACGUGUAUAGACGGCUCAAUAAUAAACCGACUCCGCAUUAUAUUGAGAAUAUCCUAGGACUUAAAAGUGAACAGUGCGAGGAACAAGACGAUAUGAUUGCUAAUGUUACCAAUCCGCCGAUUAAUUAUCCUGUGAUGACAGCUGAAAGUAAUGAGCCGCUGAAUUUGUCUGUGAAAAAUCAACUUAAGAUAAGAACAAAGACUGCUAAAGACUCUACAAAAAAGAGGAAAAAGACUAUGAAAGAGACUGUUGAAACGAAACCAGCUCCAGAACCUACUCCACCGGUAGCGCAGCCAAAACUAGAAGUAGACGCAACUCCGGAAGAUAUAGACAGUAAAAAUAAGAAGAAAAAAGCUCGGACCACCUUCACAGGAAGACAAAUUUUCGAAUUGGAGAAGCAGUUCGAAGUGAAAAAGUAUCUUAGUAGCAGUGAACGGACUGAGAUGGCCAAAUUACUCAACGUUACCGAAACACAGGUGAAAAUAUGGUUCCAAAACCGAAGAACAAAGUGGAAAAAGAACGAUAACGUCUCCAACAUUGAGGCUGCCGAGCACAAGAAUGUCAGUUCAAAACCAGAAGAGCUCCGCUCACGGACGAAGCAUAGCAUGACCCAUAGCCAAAGUUCAAACUCCAGCAUCGAGAGCGAUACGAAGAGUUCGAUAGCGUCCGCCAUCGUGGAUUAUUCUUCAGAUAAAAACUUCAAAGAUAUACUCACUACAAACCACCCUCCCUCGCCCAGUCCUCAAUUGCCGAAUCAACCGAAUCAGAUAACCACGAGAGACGUUCCAUUCAAUUCUACGUUUGUUAGUCAAGAGCAAUCCUAAGAGUGUUUAAAUGUGAACUUAUGUGUCUUUUAUUCCUUUUUAUAGAUAUUGAUUCCAUUGUUUUCAGAAAAAGAGUUACUUUGAAUUGGUUAGCAGAAAACGGAUAACUGACAGAGCGGAUUUAAUAUUGUAGUAUCUAGAGUAAAAUUUACACAAAUACAGGGUUGAUGAUCAAAAUCCACAAGGAAAAAUUUCCUGCAGCUGUCCGUAUCCCUUUAAUCACAAAUAAAUUUUGAUGAAAAAAUUCUUUAUAAAAGGUAUAUUUACAUAUUUUACAAACUCCUUAAAGGGCCACAUCUAUCACAGAACGUUUUCGCUCUAAGUAGAGCAUCGUCAGUGGUGUUAUCUAAAAUAAGUAUAACCAUAUUCG